UUGGCUAGACAUAAAGAUUCUGCAGGUCCCCACCAUACUCAGGAGGCCAGUUGUCUUCACCCAGUGGGUCCCGCAGGGGGUCCGCAGGUGGAGCUGCCUGCCAGUCCGGCGCCUUGCGCCCCCACUCCUCAGCCCUUGGGCUGUCGAUGGGACUGGGCAUAGUGGAGCAGGGAGCGGAGCUCCUCGGGGAGGCUCGAGCCGCGCAGAAGCUCACGGCGCGGGGAGGGGGACGGGGUGCGGAGGCUCAGGCACAGCGGGCUGCAGGUCCCGAGCCCUGCCCCGCGGGGAGGCAGCUAAGGCCCGGCGAGAAAUCGAGCACAGCAGCUGCUGGCCCAAGUGCUAAGCCAGUCACUGCCCGGGGCUUGGGGGCCAGCCCGCCGCUCCGAGUGCGGGGCCCGCCGAGCCCACGCCCACCUGGAACUCGCGCUGGCCCGCAAGCGCCUUGCGCAGCCCCAGUUCCCGCCUGCGCCUCUCCCUCCACACCUCCGUGCAAGCUGAGGGAGCCCACGCCGGCCUUGGCCAGCCCAGAAAGGGGCUCCCACAGUGCAGCGGCGGGCUGAAGGGCUCCUCAAGCGCAGCCAGAGUGGGCGCCAAGGCCGAGGAGGCGCCGAGAGCGAGCGAGGGCAGCCAGCACACUGUCACCUAUCACUAGCCCUUUGGGACUACAGAAGCGGGAGGAUAGUUUGUGCUCAGUAGUUAGAGACCAGCCUGGGAAACAGGGUGACACCUCCUCUCUAAAAAUAAACAUUUAAAAAUUAACGUGGCAUAGUGGUGCGCUGUCUGUAAUUACAGCUACUCCGAAGGCUGAGACAGGAGGAUCACUUGAGCCUGGGAGGUCGAGGCUGCAGUGACCUGUGAUUGAGCCACUGCCUUGCAGCCUGGAUGACAGAGAGAGACCCUGUCUCCAAUACAACAACAACAAAAAAGCAGACCGGGCACAGCGGCUCACGCCUGUAAUCCCUAGCACUUUGGGAGGUCAAGGCGGGAAGAUCACUUCAAGUCAGGAGUUCAAGACCAGCCUGGCCAACAUGGUGUACCCACCUCUACUAAAAAUACAAAAAUUAGCCGGGCAUGGUGGCGCGCGCCUGUAAUCCCAGCUACUCGGGAGACUGAGGCAGGAGAAUCGCUUGAACCCAGGAGGCAGAGGUUGCAGUGAGCCGAAGCGCCACUGCACUCCAGCCUGGGCGACAGAAGAGACUCCGUUUCAAAAAAAAAAAAAGUUAAACAAAACCUUCCGUGGAGCCCAUGAAACGUGGAGCCCAUGAAAGGCUGGAAUUUGGCUUGAUCUCAUUGGCCUCUGGUUUCACCACAAAUUGAUCAUCCAACAACUUUCAUUCCAACAUCCGAGGGUGGUGUGAGGCAGAGAGGCUUUCUACGGGGUGGGUUGGGCGCCACACCUUGCGCGCCCCGGGGCCCGAGGAGAUGAUCCUGGAGAGGAGCCUGGCUACUUUUGCCUCAGACGAGUCCGGAGCGCCGGCUUAACAGGUCUGAAGUCCCAGGGGCUUUCUGGGACUGCUCAGCCACCGGCAGCUUCCGGCACCAGGGGACGCCGGACGCCGUCCGGACAUUCGGCGCGCUUGCCACGCUCUUGGACGGGUCUCGGGCCUCGACCUUUGGAUUCCCCGCUCCGGCUCCAAGAUGUCAGCAACGUUGAUCCUGGAGCCCCCAGGCCGCAGCUGCUGGAACGAGCCGGUGCGCAUUGCCGUGCGCGGCCUGGCCCCGGAGCAGCGGGUCACGCUGCGCGCGUCCCUGCGCGACGAGAAGGGCGCGCUUUUCCGGGCCCACGCGCGCUACUGCGCCGACGCCCGCGGCGAGCUGGACCUGGAGCGCGCGCCCGCGCUGGGCGGCAGCUUCGCGGGACUCGAGCCCAUGGGGCUGCUCUGGGCUCUGGAACCCGAGAAGCCUUUUUGGCGCUUCCUGAAGCGGGACGUACAGAUUCCCUUUGUCGUGGCGUUGGAGGUGCUGGACGGCCACGACCCCGAGCCUGGACGGCUGCUGUGCCAGGCGCGGCACGAGCGCCACUUCCUCCCGCAGGGGGUGCGGCGCCAGUCGGUGCGAGCGGGCCGGGUGCGAGCCACGCUCUUCCUGCCGCCAGGACCUGGACCCUUCCCAGGGAUCAUUGACAUCUUUGGUAUUGGAGGGGGCCUGUUGGAAUAUCGAGCCAGCCUCCUUGCUGGCCAUGGCUUUGCCACGUUGGCUCUAGCUUAUUAUAACUUUGAAGAUCUCCCCAAAAACAUGGACAACAUAUCCCUGGAGUACUUCGAAGAAGCCCUAUGCUACAUGCUUCAACAUCCCCAGGUAAAAGGCCCAGGCAUUGGGCUUUUGGGCAUUUCUCUAGGAGCUGAUAUUUGCCUCUCAAUGGCCUCAUUCUUGAAGAAUGUCUCAGCCACAGUUUCCAUCAAUGGAUCUGGGAUCAGUGGGAACACAGCCAUCAACUAUAAGCAUAAUAGCAUUCCACCAUUGGGCUAUGACCUGAGGAGAAUCAAGGUAGCUUUCUCAGGCCUCGUGGACAUCGUGGAUAUAAGGAAUGCUCUCGUAGGAGGGUACGAGAACCCCAGCAUGAUUCCAGUAGAGAAGGCCCAGGGGCCCAUCCUGCUCAUUGUUGGUCAGGAUGACCAUAACUGGAGAAGUGAGUUGUAUGCCCAAACAGUCUCUGAACGGUUACAGGCCCAUGGAAAGGAAAAACCCCAGAUCAUCUGUUACCCUGGGACUGGGCAUUACAUCGAGCCUCCUUACUUCCCCCUGUGCCCAGCUUCCCUUCACAGAUUACUGAACAAACAUGUUAUAUGGGGUGGGGAGCCCAGGGCUCAUUCUAAGGCCCAGGUAGAUGCCUGGAAGCAAAUUCUAGCCUUCUUCUGCAAACACCUGGGAGGUACCCAGAAAACAGCUGUCCCUAAAUUGUAAUGCAUUUGUCUGUUGUUGACAUGAGAGAUUCAAGAUCAGAUUCUAGUGUUCAAUAACCCUAUGUGAAUCAGAUGUCUCCUGGAUAACAUUAAAGCCAUGUCUUUGUCA